AUUCAAGAUGUCAGCUGCCAUCGCUUCCCUCGUUUCCUACGGUAGCGAUUCAGAUUCAGAAAAUGAGUCUGAGUCUAAUACCGCCGCUGAAAAAGUGGACACAGCGGACCCGGACGCUUUGGCUCACCUGAAACCUUUAAAGUCUGAACCCACCAUGUCUGUGGCUCUUCUCAAUUCCGCUCCGGAGGUCGCCGUUAAGGAGUCUGUUGAGACUGGCACACACCUGGACCCCUCGCUGAAAGAAGUCGCCUAUAACCCGACAUUUGAAACCAUGUUUGCACCAGAGUUUGGGCCAAUGAACCCAUUUAAAAGCCAGCAGAUGGCUGCCCCCAGGAACAUGUUAUCCGGCUACGCAGAACCUGCUCACCUCAACGACUUUAUGUUUGAGCAGCAGAGGAGGACCUUCCACACCUAUGGUUAUGCUUUAGAUCCAUCUGUCGACACACACCAGGUCUCCUCCAGUACCUACAUUGGUGCUGUGGAUGAGGCUGAGAAAAACAAAGGGCUCACUGUGUUUGAGAGCGGACAGAAGAAGUCAGAGAAAAGGAAAAAGAUCAAAGGCGGAGAAGCAGGAGAGAUCGACAACUUCCUUGGACCGUGGGCGAAAUACAUAGAUGAGAAAGAUGUGGCUAAACCAUCAGAGGAUGAGCAGAAAGAGCUGGACGAGAUCACGGCCAAGAGGCAGAAGAAGGGCAGGAAUGAGGAAGAUGCUCCUGCAGAAGAGAAGACCAUUCUCCAUGUUAAAGACAUGUACGAUUACCAGGGCAGGUCCUACCUUCACAUCCCACAGGAUGUGGGCGUCAACCUGCGUUCUGGAGACGCUCCAGACAAGUGUUACCUGCCCAAAAAACAGAUUCAUGUCUGGUCCGGACACACCAAGGGUGUCAGUGCCAUCCGACUAUUUCCUACUUCUGGUCAUCUGCUGCUCUCCUGCUCCAUGGACUGUAAGAUCAAGCUGUGGGAGGUGUACAGCGAGAGGAGAUGCAUACGGACAUUUAUUGGCCACAGCAAAGCAGUGCGAGAUAUUUGCUUCAACAACACUGGGACCCAGUUCCUCAGCGCUGCCUAUGACCGCUACCUCAAACUCUGGGACACUGAGACAGGCCAGUGUAUCUCCCGCUUCACCAACAGGAAGGUACCGUACUGCGUCAAGUUCAACCCAGACGAGGACAAACAGAACCUUUUCGUGGCCGGCAUGUCGGAUAAGAAGAUUGUUCAGUGGGACAUCAGGACAGGUGAGGUGGUUCAGGAAUACGACCGUCACCUGGGAGCCGUGAACACCAUCACCUUCGUUGACGAGAACCGUCGGUUUGUCAGCACAUCCGACGACAAGAGUCUUCGAGUUUGGGAGUGGGACAUCCCUGUGGACUUCAAGUACAUCGCUGAGCCCAGCAUGCACUCCAUGCCAGCUGUGACACUCUCUCCCAACGGUAAAUGGCUGGCAUGCCAGUCUAUGGACAACCAGAUUCUGAUCUUUGGAGCCCAAAACCGCUUCAGGCUGAACAAGAAGAAAGUCUUCAAAGGCCACAUGGUGGCUGGCUAUGCCUGCCAAGUGGACUUCUCCCCAGACAUGAGCUACGUGGUAUCAGGUGACGCAGAUGGAAAGCUGAACAUUUGGGACUGGAAGACCACCAAGCUCUACCACAGGAUCAAAGCUCAUGACAAGGUGUGCAUAAGCGCACUGUGGCAUCCGCACGAAACCUCCAAGGUUAUCACCUGCGGUUGGGAUGGACAAAUCAAACUCUGGGACUAGAUCUGUCCCGGUGUGUGUUUGGGGAGGGGAUUCUGGGAAAUGAUGGACAGAACUGUACUGGUUCACUGUAGAAAGACAGAAGGGGACUGGUUGUCCUAUGUGUUUUUUGAAAACCUAAAGUGAAAGCCACAGGACUGGUAUCCAGUCUUAUUGUAGCAGCAUAUUUUUGUAUCCUGUCAUGAGAGUUCAAAUUACAUACUCAUGUAUUAUCUGUACAAAGAUGACCACAAACAUACUUUUAAAAAUAAUUUCCACUCCAAAAGGCAGAUUAGAUGGGAACCUUUGCAUUUUUAAAGUAUUUUUCCUUUGUUGUUUUUAUUUGCAUUGUCCUGUGUAGUAUAAUGCUUGGUCAAAAUUCUUAAUUUUCUCUUGUAUGAACAUCCCUUUGUGGAAAUAAACAUUCUGUAAAUUUGA